AUGUUAUCAGAUCGUGAAUAUAUUAUUACAGCAUAUGAGCAAGAAUAUCCAAGAGAAUCAUUUGUAUCACGUGAAAAUUUGACAAUGUAUUGUGUUAAGAAGGAUGAUCCAACCGAUUCAAUCUAUGUUUUCUUUCCAGAUACACCAAAAGUAGGUGUAACACAAAUUAAAAAGUAUGUCGAUAUUAUGAAAGAUCGUCAAGCAAAUAGAGCAAUCAUCGUUGUUCAACAAAAUAUUACACCAUUUGCUAAACAAGCUUUAGCUGAAUUCUCUCAAGAAAAGAAAAUCACAUUAGAACAAUUUAAUGAAGCUGAAUUAUUAGUUAACAUUACUCAUCAUCAAUUAGUUCCAAAACAUAUCCUUUUAACUAAAGAAGAGAAAUUAGAACUUUUAACAAGAUAUAAAAUGAAGGAAAGUCAGUUACCACGUAUUCAAACAAACGAUCCAGUCGCAAGAUAUUAUGGUCUUUCAAGAGGUCAUGUUGUAAAAAUUGUUAGACCUUCAGAAACUGCUGGUAGAUAUAUCACUUAUAGAUUAUGUGUAUAA